GACUCUCUCUCUCUCUCUCAUUUCCUAAAAUCAGUUGGUGGGACAGCCUAUGUUUCUUUUGUCAGGAUUCUCUUGCGCCACAACAAAGAACUAGAAACAAAGAAUUAAUGAAAGCCCCACAUAUCUUAUAUCGAUAAAAAGAGAAGUGACCAUAAUCUCUCUCUCUAACACACACUCACACUCACAGUCUCUCUUCACAUUAUCUUUAAGGAGCUGCUUCUCCCUUUGAUUUCCUUUCUCAUAUGAAGACAGUCAUGGCUAAUAAUUCUCAAGAUUUUUCUUCCAAGAGGCACUUCCACUGGACAAAGAAGGUUGGAAAUGAAGAUGAUGAAGUUUCAAGCUUCAAAUCCUCCUCAAAAUCCCUUGAGGAAAACAUAAAAGAAGAUGAUGAGUUUGCUGCUACACCAGAACCUGUAGCUGAAGCAGCACCACCACCAAAGAGGAAACUGCAAGCUAUAGCAAUUUCAAGGCUUCGUUCAGUUCUUACAGCGUUUGGUAAGAACCGUUCCAACUUGCCACAGGGUCUUGGUAACCGAGUGGUAGGCACACUCUUUGGGAAUAGGCGUGGCCAUGUUCACUUUGCUUUCCAAAGAGAUCCCAAUUCUCAACCUGCCUUCUUGAUUGAGCUUGCUACACCUAUUAGUGGCUUGGUUAAAGAAAUGGCAUCUGGGUUGGUUCGAAUUGCAUUGGAGUGUGAUAAAGAGAAAGAAAAAGAAGAAGAAAAGAAAGGGGUGAGGCUACUUGAAGAGCCAGUUUGGAGGACUUAUUGCAAUGGGAAAAAGUGUGGUUUUGCAACAAGGAGAGAAUGUGGGCCUAAAGAGUGGAAGGUGUUGAAGGCUGUAGAGCCAAUUUCUAUGGGUGCUGGUGUUUUGCCUGCUGCAGGGAAUGAAGCUGAAGCUGAAUCUGGGUCAGAUGGUGAAGUCAUGUACAUGAGAGCCAAGUUUGAGAGAAUUGUGGGGUCUAGAGAUUCUGAGGCUUUCUACAUGAUGAACCCUGAUAGCAAUGGAGCUCCUGAGCUUAGUGUCUACUUGCUUAGAGUCUAAGCAGCAACUCAAGGUCUUAGUUUUUAUUUCCCUUUUGUGCUUUCAGGUUAUGAAAGAGUAGCUAAUGAUACUUUGUUUAUCUUCAAUCAUGAAGAUGGAGGUCUGGUCCUCUCUAAUUAAGUACUUUUCCUUUUUUUUUUUUUUUUUUUUUUUUUUACUCUGUUUUCUUUGGAGAAGAUGAAGAGGUGGGUGGUUUGUAUUUUGUUAUAGUUUAGGUGGGGGGGGCAAUACAUUACAAAAUGAUGGUAGGGUGGGGUCAUGAAGGUGUAUAUGUAUAGUUUUUCUUUUUAAUCCUUUAUUAAGUGAUGAGACAAGGAGGCUAAUGCAAUCAUGAUGUCUUCGUUA